GUCACAGAAAGCAGAAGCGAGGAUCAUGUGAUCGUGUAGGAAGCCUAUUGUCUGUUGGGUUUUCAACUGUGCGCGCGCUUGCUCCUCGUCACUUCACGCGGAGCGCGACACUACAGUAAGUUCAGUGGUUAUGGAUAAAGAGCGGACGCUUUCUUGACACCAUUAAGAGAUAUGAUGCAGGAGUCCACUGUGGCACAGAGCAUCCUGACGACCAUGAACCAGAGUGUGAAGGUGCCCUGUGAAAUAUCCUUUGAGGAUGACCGCGUUCCACUGAUGGUGCUCUACAUUAUGGUUUUUAUCAUCGGCUUGCCAGCCAACCUGGCCACGGUCUACCUCACCUUCCACCAGGUGUGUCGUAACAACGUCCUGGGCAUCUACCUGCUCAGCCUGUCCGUGUGCGACCUCACCUACCUCUUCACGCUGCCUAUGUGGACAGUGUACAUCAGUAGAAACCACGAGUGGCCCUGGAGCUCCAUGGCCUGCAAAGUGACUGGCUUUGUGUUCUUCAACAACAUGUACAUCAGCAUCUUCCUGCUCUGCUGCGUGUCCAUUGACCGGUAUGUGGCGGUGGUUUAUGCCAUCGAAUCUCGCGGUCUUCGCCAGAAAAGGAUCGCAGUUAUUGUGGCGUUUUCGAUCUACAUGGUGGUGGGCUCGGGUCACGCGCCUGUCUUCAUGAUGCCUGAAGGCAAUGCCGCUGAAGGAAAUCGGCGUUGUUUUGAGCCCAGCCAGAGCUCAGCGGUGGUUACCGGAUUCAGCUACGCCCGUGUUUGCAUCGGCUUUUGCAUUCCCCUUGCCAUCCUGAUCUUCACCAAUAGAGCCAUUCUUGCCAACGUCCAGGCCAGCACCAGCCUCAAUCCUCAUCAGAAAAACAAGGUGCGCUACCUGGCUGUGGCGGUGGUGGCGCUGUUUUUGAUCUGUUUCGCUCCGUACCACAUCAUCUUGCUCUUGCGUGCCAUUACCUUCCACUUCCCCAAGCUGCAAGAGAAAUGUCACUUUGAACAGCACAUCUACACACCCUACAAAAUCUCCUUAGGGCUGUCGACUUUCAACAGCGCCUUCAACCCCAUUCUCUACGUGUUGUCCAGCAACAACAUCCGUCAGGAGAUCAGAAGAAGCAUGGCGUCGCUGUGGAACAGAGUCAACUUGAGUCACAGCAGCCAGCACAACAUGAACAGCUCCAAAAGCAAUUCAGACCCCGUCCCAACAAAGGGCAAUCAAAUGAGGACGUGUCUCUCAGCAUGCUAAAAUUUUAGAUGCAUUGGACAUUUUUUGCUUGAUGUGCUAUCGCUUGGAUAAUAUCAAAGGGAAAAGUCAGGGGUUGUUACAUCAGCACAAUGACAUCUUGAAGUUGGACAGAUCUGGCAAAAAAAAAAAAAAAAAAACUUAAAUGAUUUUCCUGUUAAUGUGUUUUUUUUUUUUGACUGAAAGGAUCUCACUAUAAGAUUGUCUCUGUGUAUUUCAUACCUCCUACAUUCUCCUAUUCUUCCGUCACAGAAAGUUUCCGUAACACCCCAGUCUGUGCUGCAGCUUCUGAUUAUCUUGGACUCAUAUCUAGACGAUAUUCUCCAGAUCAAACUCGAUGUACAGGAAGAGGCCAUCUGGCCCACUUUUGAAACUGACUCACUUCGUUUGAUUUUGAUCUGACAUGGCCUUUAUUACUCAUACCAAAAUAGAUCAUACUGUACAUAAAUAAAGUUCACAAAACAAAACAUUAUCAGGAAAUGUGUACAAUUCUCAGAAUGUCUGCCUGUCCAAAAGGUAUAAAUACCAAUAAAUUGUUAGAAAAAAUGUGGGAUAACCUUAUAAUUAGUUGCUAAGUGCCUCAGAACCGAUCACAGAUUUGGGGCUACAAACUGGGUAGAAUAAGGGCAAAUCCGGUGACCGGUUUAUUGUAGAAGCUCAGUACAUGAUUUCUGUUUCCUAGUGGAAACAUAUUUUUAAUGUAAUGUGUCAGCGUUAAACUGCAUGUCUUUAAGUGAUGACCGUGUUGUUUGGCAAGUUUACUAUGUACAAAUGUAAUGUAUAUAUUUCUAUAAAUUAUCGUUUUUUGCUGGGUUUUUAUACGAUUUUUGGAAUGGUUGUGUUUUGCAUUAUGACUAAUUGUUAUUUUAGUGAAUGUCAUAAUUUCAGGACCCAUUACACAUUCUGUUGUAUUCCCGUUUUUUUAAGGUGUAACACUCUUAUUUUGCUUGAUUUUCCCAUUUGUCCCAUUUUCCAGAUUUCUCUUUGUAAAUUAGACCAUUAUAAAUCUCAGUCAAGCUUUUCUCAUACAGUCACCAAAUUAUGAUGGACAAUUUGCACAUAAUUCCGCUCUUCUAAGAAACUUUAAAUAAACUCGAGCGAGAUUACAAGAGAAGCACCAAAAAACUUUCCUGUGAAUUUUACAUGGAUUUAAGAGUAUGAUACUAAAAUUUGUAAAUGAAGUAUUUCAACAGAUACUGAACAUUUUUAAUAAAUGUAUUUAUGUUUUUCACAGAAACAAAGCACUCUAAGGACAAAGUGCAAAAUAAUUACAAUGGGUAAUAUGUGAUAUUUGCCAUUUGAGCAUUAAAUAUUGAGAAUUGUUGGUUUCUGUGGUCUGAUGAUUAAAGUUUGGGUCGAUCAAAACUAUCCAUUUGUGUGUGCUCUUUUAAGUAUGAGAGAUGUGUAGACUAAUAA